AGCGAUGGUGGCUGUAGCUGGACUACAACCCAGUAACUGAUUUUUCAAGAUGGAUGCUCAAAAUUCCCUUAUCCUUGGUUUUUUUUUUUUUUUUUUGUUAAAUCUGAAAUUUGUUUCUUUUUUUUUAACCCCUCCCUCACCUCUACAAUUCUCCAGAAAUGUAUAGAAAUAAAAAUGCAUCUUUAUUUAUUCCAUCCUACUUGUACACUUUAAUCUUUUGCUAUUUUUGUGACACACUGAGACAUCGUCCUGAAUGCUCUUUUCUUUAUAAUAUGCACCUAUAAAUGGAAAAUUUGACACACAUCUAAGAUCUGUCAUUGUACGUGUUAGAUUUUCUGCUGUUUUGCUUAUUGAUGCAUUACAUGUUGCCAACGCAAUGGGCCUGGAAGUAAAUGUUGGCAGCAAUGGAAAUUUAUCAAAAUAAAAAUAGAUUUACAGUAACGUUUGGAGGCAAAUGGAUUUUUGACAUUUUUUUAAUGAAUUAAAUAAACAUUUUUUGAAUCAAGUCAAUGAUGUCAUUAGCCUCAGGCACAGAUGUCAAACUCAUGGCCCACAUCUGGUUUUCCACAUUUUAUGUGACUCGCAAAAGCAAAGCAUGUCCAUCAAUUUUGAUGCUUCUUGCUAAAAUCAUCAACAAAAGUAAUAAUGUGAUAUAAGCAUUCUUGGGUUAACCAACUUUCUCGUCUAAUUAACUAGUAAAUUGAACAAAAGGUGAAGAAUAAUCCUUGAGUCCUGAUUGCAGAACUAGUCAGUUUAUUGUAUAUAUGUAAUAGUACGUGAAACAUUCACAUACUUUUUCCGACCUCCAUUGUUAAUGCUUAAAUGAUGUGUCCAAUAAAAACGUGAAAACGUGCAGUAAUUGUUUGUCCACUUGCACGAAGCCAUGUCAGAAUUGACUCCAGAUCGAUUGUGACUCAAGCGGGAGAGAAAAGUGAUGGAUGCUUACGUUUUACAUUCUUUUUCCUAUUCUUACGACUGUGUGUAUGCAAUAAUGGAAAGGCAAUUUGAGCAUGUGAUGAGUGUUGUGGAAGAAUUGGUAUAUCACACGUUUUAGUAAACAUAACUUGAAAAAAAAAACAAUACGUACAUUUUAUACAGUUGUGGCAUUUGUAAUAAGGGUGGUAAGAAUUCCCAUCAUGCUCCUCUGCAAUACAAAAAGGGCUUCAAGGGACGUGGAAGCUGCCAGUCGCUGAGGCUCGCCGCUGCGGUGUCCUUUCGGCUGCAAGCAUACGUUUUUUGUUUUGUUUUUUUUUAAAUAUAUAUGUAUCACAAAUACAGCCAGGCGAUGACAGCGGGUCCGGCCACGCCACACGGAAUGAGAGACCGACUCCUGCAAGCCAUCGACGGCCACAGCAAUGAGAUAUGCAACAUGGUGGUUGUUGUGGAGGUGAUUUCUUUUUUGGAGAAAUAUCCCAUCACCAAAGACACCCUGGAGGAAACUCAUCUCGGAAAACUUAUCAAUGAUGUCCGCAAAAAAACUAAGAACGAAGACCUUGCAAAAAGGGCCAAGAAGCUUCUGCGGACGUGGCAGAAGUUGAUCAGUCCUGGGAGGAGUGGGGUGUUUUCCAAAGGUCACAGCGUUGCAUCAUUGUCUUCCAAUGUUGUACUCCACCCUUGCAACCCGAAAGAAGUGAUUGGUCAAACGUCAGGUAAAGCAGGUCAGGAAUUAAAAAGCAGGAAUGUCUUCAAUGACUGCUCUUCACUUGAAGCCAACAAACCAAGCAACAGGAAGCCCACUAAAGACUUGCAAGAAGGACUUACACCAGCUAAAAUAUCCAAACUUGCGUUUAAUGAUAGAAGCCAAAAAAAGGAAGUGCCUAACAAAAGAUCUUACAGUAGUGCUGAUUUUUCUACAGAUUAUUUACAUCAGACUGAAGGUGGGGAAUUUUCUGACCUAAAGAACAGUGACAAGCUGCUAAAUGUUAAAUCUACAAAACCUAAGUCAAGUGGCAUGGGGUCCAGCCAGACUCUGACUGCUGCAGAGUUGCAAAACACUUCCUUUUUACAGCAGCAGCAAGCCAGGCAAACUUCCUCUGGGGGUCAGCAUCAACUUGAUAUUUCAUUGGAUAUGUUGCAUACUCCUACGAGUGUGAGGCAGGGAUUUGGAUCUGAAGCACAGAAUAUUUGCAUUCCUGGUUUGGGGUUUUCCUCUCAGAAUUCAAGUGACUGCAUUCAGGGUUCACAGUCUGCUGAUGUGGACUUUCAGAGCGGGUCACCCUGUGUGGAGGACAACAGUGCUUUUACUGAUGCAGGAAACAAGAAACACCGCUUUUGGGAAAAGGACUAUGUGAUGAAACAAGACAGACAGGUUCAAGAGGACAACAAUAAAAUUGUGACGUUAAAAGACAGGAGACUGACAUUUAACCCCACAACAGGUCAAAUCCAACACUCCUCCAAUAAAGAUUCUUCUUUGGCUGAGAAGGCAAAACUACCACACCGAGCUGAGACUCAAUGCAGAGAGCGACCAAUACCGAAGCCGCCGGUUCUUCCUUGUCUCUUCCAACAGUCUAACUGGGAAGCGCUGUCAAGGAACGAAAUGGUCCAGUCCUACCUUAGCCAGCAGAGUAGCAUGCUGUCGUCCUCAGGUGUGCGCUCUCCCAGUACACACCUCUCCAUGACGGAGUACUCGAAGAAAGAUGAACGACAUAGGGAAGAGCACAAGGAACCGCACGUGUUGGUAUCAGACUUCCCCUGUGGCGACAAACCUGGACUGAGCAGAGAGGUCCACGGAUGUUCACUCCUUGGAAGAGAAGCAACAGUGGUGGACUUCUUCCAUUGAUACACCAUUUGUCUGACGAACAUAAAGACUUUUAGAGAUAUUUUGAAACUUUGUCAGCUUUAUCUGAGUUUCUAUUUGAAGUCCUGACCUGACCCCGAUGCUGUGGCAUGACCUCAAGAGCUAUUCACAUCAAACAUCCCAAGAAUCCUGAACUGCUGCACUUUUGUAAAGAAGAAUGGUCCAAAAUUCAUCCUGGUGGUUGUACACGUCUGCUCUACAACUACGGGAACAUUUAGGUGAUGCUCAGACACCAGUUUUUGAACAAUCUAUGAAACAAUUUAAGAAAUUCCAAAGGGUUCAAAUACUCAUCCCAACCCCCCCAUCUCACUUUACAUACAGUACAGACUGGUUCGAAAGAAUUGUGGAGGUAUGUUUACUCCCCCCGACUUCUGAUGUUCUCAUGCUGAAACCCUUAAGGGAAUUAUAGUACUUUACUUUCAAACGAGUAACAGUUGUGAAAAUGCCUUGAAAAUUACAGGAUGUCACAUUGCAGCCCGGAGCGCAGCAAAAGUUUGCUACACUGGAAAAUAGAUACCGUUGUCAUGCGUGGUAUUUAUUAACAUAGUUUUGAAAUGUUUUUGCAACUAUAAACUAUACCUCCUAUGUCUCAACCAUCCUUUAGAAAACUAAACUGUGAGCCAUUCUAAUAAUGGAGUCUAAGUUCAUUUAUUGCUUUUGUCUUUCACUUGUUGAAUGCACAUUAAAAUGACAAAAUGGA